AUAGCAUCCUCUGGAACGGUAAAACGGCGCGUAUUUCAAACUCCAGAAGAUCCAACCUCUUCUUCUUUUCUCACUUGUCACUUUUCUCCGAUCCGAUCUAGGGUUUGUCCGUCGGAGAUCGAAAUGGGCGUUGUAAUCGAAAGCUCCGUUUGGGUACCUAGUUCUUCCGUCUACAUCUUCAUUUUCCUUUCUUGUUUCUUCUCACUUUCUCUCUUCCCUUUCUACCUUUCCAAGCACGCCCCUACUAAAUCACCUCCUUUCUACGACCACCCAACCUUCGCCUCUUCUCUCCGCUUCCAACGUUACUUUCUCCUUCUCUAUUCCCUCGCCUCAGUGUUGGAAGGAUUAUGGUCUGUGUACGGAGAGUUUGAGCUGGUUUACUAUGGAAUUACCAAGGAAGAUACAGUGACGUUUAUGCUUAUUGGAUUUGGAGCUGCUCUUUUUGUCGGUAGUUUCUUAGGCCUUCUCUCUGAUUUAAUAGGUCGAAAGAAAUCUUGUUUGGUGUUUUAUAUCUUUCACCUUGUUGUUGGGAUAUGGAAGAGGAUUACAUCAAGUCCUAGCUUUUGGGUAGCAAAUGUGUGUUUAUCUUUGGCAACAUCAAUAUUUUCCUCCAGUUUCGAGACAUGGGCUGUUGUUGAACAUGACAAGGGUCAUAGGCAAGAUCUUUUGAAUGAAACAUUUUGGUUGAUGACUUUUUUCGAGUCCGCGGCUUUGAUUGGAAGUCAGGUGAUGAGCAAUUGGAUGGUGGGUGGUAAUUUGGAGAAAGAAAUUGCAUGUCCUUCCACUGCAGCUAUUCUUACGGCAAUAGUAGGCAUUAUCUGUAUUUCCAGAGUUUAUGGUGGGAGUCCUCAGACAGUGACCUUUAAGGAAUAUAAAGUGUCCUUUUACUCAUAUAUCCUUUGUGAUAGAAGGAUAUGGUUACUAGCAUGCGCACAAUCUUGCCUUCAUUUCUCCAUAGUAGUUUUCUGGAUUCUCUGGGCCCCGACACUGGUGGCUGAUGGUCGAGAAGUGUAUCUAGGGUUGAUGUAUCCAUGUGUGUUGGGGGCAAGGAUGUUAGGAAGUACACUGUUCCCAUGGUUUAUUAAUGCACCACUUCGAACUGAGGAUUGCUUGGUUUAUGCAUUUAUCAUACAGGGUCUUCUUUUGUCUAUAAUAGCUUUUGAUUACCAGGAAAUUGGAGCUCUGGUGACACAGUAUUUUUUGUUCCAUGCCUGCGUUGGCCUAAUUCUGCCUUCACUUGCAAGAUUGAGGACCAUGUAUGUGCCAAAUGAGUUGCGUGGAGGAAUGAUAAGCCUUUCCCUAGCUCCAACAAAUGCUGCAAUUUUGUUUAUUCUGAUGCAGAGAGGCUAUUAUAGGACUGUUGAGAAUUCAGAAGUGAUAGCGUUUGCUGCGGUUGGAUUGUUCGCGGCAGCUGGUUGCAUGUAUGUUUUGAAGCGGUUGGGAAAGCAACCAUAUCAAAACUGGCAUAAAUUAUGAUUUUCCAUUUCCCAUUUUUGCUGGCAUUGAUGGUUUACUGGAAUCUAUAAUUAAUGGCCGAUCAAUUUGAAGGAUCAAACAGCUUUAUCGUGGACCUUCAAAUUUCUAGUGAAUCAUAUGCAAGGAGGCAUUUAACCUAUGCAAAAGAGAUGAAAGGGCAGAACAGUUUGAAGGAUUAGCCAAGUUAUCGCAAUAACCUCGCAAGAUCACUCUGGAAGAAAAUACAAGCAACACCGUAAUUCAGCCAGUAACAAUUGACCAUCAAACCCUGCAGGUUUUGUGUUAUAUCUAAUACAAGUGAAUAUGUUUUGCAUUUGAAAUUUUGCCUGAAGGUGCAGUUGAAAGGUGGAUUGAUGUAGCAGAGGGCCUCUCAGUGUUAAGCAGGUUUGAGAUUUCACCCAGUAUUUAAAGUCAUUCCAAGAACAGUGUAGUUCAGAUAGAUUCUUAGAUCUUAAUUCAUACUUCUGAGAAUAUUAUUAUUUGCUUUGAUAUUAUGUACAUGAGAAGUCUGUAUAAACUGAUUCUAAUUUUUUUCAGCAAUUACAUGAGAAAAGGAAUAACCAUA